GCUUUUUUCUUUUGCUGAUUUUGGUCGAAUCCGACCAAAGUCUUGUGUGAUCGUGGCCGAAAGACUGCUUCAUCGUAGAAAGUCCCUUCUCGCCUUGCCAGUCAAGAUCAUUCAUUCGAUCGAUCGUCCCAACAAGAGACAAGGCAGCUAUUACUACUAGUAGCUACUAGUAGUAGCCAUAGCUCGUGGGUCAGUGUCUUUUUCUGUGGUCUUGAUUGAACCUAGGUUAGAGUCCUUAGCUGGAGGCAACACAACACUAACGAUCACAAGCAGUACAAGUACAAGUACAACGAGUACAAGCAGUACAAGAGAAUGGAAGACUGGAGCGAAGAAGAAGCGCCGUUUGUUGCGGCAGUGGCUGGUGCUGGUCAACCACCACAACGCCCUGGCUUACGAAGAAGCAGUGGCAAUGCCAGUGUCAAGUCGAGUUCUAGCUUGCGCAGUCGCAGCAGCAAGAAAAGUGGUCGAUGGGACGAAGUGAGUGAGACGGAUUCGGGCUGGUCGGACGUUUACAAAGAUGACGACGACGAUUCGUUGGAAGAUUUUGACGCGUUGAAUGCGAGCAGUCAUCAUCAGCAUCAUCCCGAUCCACUCAAUCUAGAACGAAUUGCCGAAGAAGAUGUGGUGAUUCACGCUCGCAUGAAGAAGAACGGAUCCAAACAUUCCCUCGAUAUUCACACUACGAGUAAUCAUGGUGAUGACGACUACGAUUCCGAAGAUGAGUUCUGGAAUUCCAGUGGCGAUUGGGAUGGAAAUGAUACCACAUUCACUCCUAAUGAUAUUGAUACUACUACUACUACUGAUGCUGCUGACACACAACCACAAGAUGAUGAUAGACAAGACUUACCCAACAACAACAACAACAAGUCCAAACGAAAGAGUUUUCUAGGCAAUUUUCUUCCAGACAAAAAGAAGGAGAUACAAGAACCACAACAAAGACAACUGACCAAUGGCAAGAAGAAUGGAAUCCAUGAUGAUCAUUCCGACGCUGCUGACGAACAACACCCAAAUACUAAUCGUAGAACCUCCAAAACAGAGACUCCCGCCACUCCCGAUAUACAACCCAAACCAAAAACACGUCAUGAUCUAUCCGUUCCACUAGGAUUGCAUCCGGAUGAUGAUGAGGAUGAUGACGAUGAUGAUGGCGAUUGGAAUGUCGAAGAAGAAGAAGACGACGAUGGGGGUUCUUGGGACGACGAGGAUGAAGGGGAUUGGGAUGAUGAUGAUGACAACGAUGAUGACGAUAAGAAGGAACAAACCAAACAACAAAUGAUGGAUGGGGAUGAAGCCGAUACCAUUGCCGAGACGGCCGUCACGGAAGAUUUGACACAAUCCACAUCCUCACAGCAACAGCAACAGCAGGAACAAGAACCUCAGCAACGACCACCACUACAACCACAAUUUCCAAGACAAUCCACACGAAAAUCAUUUCGUCAAUCCAAUCGGCGGCGACAAUCCUUUCCCAAACAACACUCCCGUGCUAGAAUUCCACCACCACAACAACAAUCACAGCAAUCGUCGUCUGCUACCCAACCGCAACAACCACCAGAAUCAUCGUCGUCAUCUACUACUCAACCAUCACGAACUUUGGUGGCACCACGUCCACCCGAAGAACAACGACCAUCCAAACCACCACCACAACAACAAACAGGCAACAACAACAAGAAACCACCUCGGUCUCCACAAGAUUGGGAACGGCUCUUUAACACGUGGGAACGAAUGCAACAAGAAGACACACAAAACAACAAUUCCAACUCUACUCCACAAACGUUACCUGAAGAACCCAGUAUGCACGACUUUUAUCCAACACCCGACGGCGAACAAGAAUCCAAACAAAAAAAGAGUGGAUGCUUGGGGGAUACUGUGUUUCCUUUUUCCUUCUUGUCCUCCGCCAAAAAGAAGAAGAAGCAAUCACGACAAGCAAAGGAAACGUAG